UGCACAACUUUGCGCUGCCCUUUCCCGCGCCCGCGGCGGCUGAGCACUUAGCGCGAGGCUCCCCGCAGCAGCUGGGGCCGGAGAGUUCGCUGCCCCCGAGCGCCCCGGCGGGCGGGAAGAUGAUGAUGAUGUCGCUGAACAGCAAGCAGGCGUUCAGCAUGCCGCACGGCGGCAGCCUGCACGUGGAGCCCAAGUACUCGGCCCUGCACAGCGCUUCGCCGGGCUCCUCGGCGCCCGCGGCGCCCUCGGCCAGCUCCCCCAGCAGCUCCAGCAACGCUGGAGGCGGCGGCGGCGGAGGCCGGAGCAGCAGCUCCAGUAGCAGUGGCAGCAGCGGCGGAGGCGGCGGAGGCUCGGAGGCGAUGCGGAGAGCUUGUCUUCCAACCCCACCGAGCAAUAUAUUCGGCGGGCUGGAUGAGAGUCUGCUGGCCCGCGCCGAGGCUCUGGCCGCCGUGGACAUCGUCUCCCAGAGCAAGAGCCACCACCACCACCCGCCCCACCACAGCCCCUUCAAGCCGGACGCCACUUACCACACCAUGAACACCAUCCCGUGCACGUCGGCCGCCUCCUCCUCGUCCGUACCCAUCUCGCAUCCGUCCGCGCUGGCCGGCACGCACCACCACCACCAUCACCACCAUCACCACCACCACCAGCCGCACCAGGCGCUGGAGGGCGAGCUGCUGGAGCACCUGAGCCCCGGGCUGGCCCUGGGCGCCAUGGCGGGCCCGGACGGCUCGGUGGUGUCCACGCCCGCCCACGCGCCGCACAUGGGCACGAUGAACCCCAUGCACCAGGCAGCGCUCAGCAUGGCCCAUGCUCACGGGCUGCCCUCACACAUGGGAUGCAUGAGCGACGUGGACGCCGACCCGCGGGACCUGGAAGCGUUCGCCGAGCGCUUCAAGCAGCGACGCAUCAAGCUGGGGGUGACCCAGGCCGACGUGGGUUCCGCGCUGGCCAACCUCAAGAUUCCCGGCGUGGGCUCUCUGAGCCAGAGCACCAUCUGUAGGUUCGAGUCCCUCACGCUGUCGCACAACAACAUGAUCGCCCUCAAGCCCAUCUUGCAGGCGUGGCUCGAGGAGGCCGAAAAGUCCCACCGCGAGAAGCUCACCAAGCCCGAGCUCUUCAAUGGCGCGGAGAAGAAGCGCAAGCGCACGUCCAUCGCCGCGCCCGAGAAGCGCUCGCUGGAAGCCUACUUCGCCAUCCAGCCACGGCCCUCCUCGGAGAAGAUCGCCGCCAUCGCGGAGAAGCUGGAUCUUAAGAAAAACGUGGUGCGCGUCUGGUUCUGCAACCAGAGGCAGAAACAGAAAAGAAUGAAAUAUUCCGCCGGCAUUUAGGAGGCCCUUGGCCUCUCCAGGGACAGCCCUCUCCUGGCCCCCUUCCCCUCCACGUCCCCACCUCUUUUGCCUGUUUUCUUUCCACUUUUGGCGACCAGAAACAAUUCCGGUAAAUGUGAACCCCGAGACCGCGAGGACUGAAGAGCGUGAACAAGUGAGCAACUGAGCCCGAGGCAGUGAAACCAUGAAAAGGUUUCUCAAAGUAAAGAGAAAAAAGAGGUGGGAUCUGUCAAGUUGUAGCAAAGUUACCCCUUUUAACCCCAUCUCGGCUUCUUCCCAGGAAGUGUGGAGUUGGCUGUUGGCAGGAAAGCAAGACAGCCUCUAAAAGUCCGCAAGAUCGAGCAAGUAAGAUUUGUUUUUAUU